AUGACCUCUCCAGUCCUCCACUUUGUAAUCGUGGGCCAAAACGACCACCCCAUCUUCGAGGCAGACCUCAGCAGCAAGGCGGGCGAUGCCAGUCAUAGAGAGGAACGGCCCCAGUACCUCUACCAUUUUGUCCUGCACGCCGCGUUAGACGCCGUGGAGGAACAGGAAUGGGCCUUCCCGUCCAUGCACCUGGGGGUGGUGGAUCGAUUCAACAACUUCCAGGUCUCUGCAUACUCUACAGCAGCGCACAUCCGUUUCAUGCUGCUCCAUGAUGGGCGCAGCGAUGAUGCCAUCAAGAGCUUCUUCAAGGACGUCCAUGAGCUGUACCUCAAGGUCAUGAUGAAUCCGUUCUUUACCUUCAGCAGCAAGAUCACCUCUGCGAGCUUCCACCAGAAGUUGAAGCAGCAGGCACGCCUUUACUUCCGGUGA